GAACACCAAAGUGUUCGCUUUAUCCUAUCCAGACUUUGCAGCAACACACCACCUAUGCGUAUCGCUAUCCACUUGAUACCAACUCGAACCCAGAAAACAUUGGCAUCUGUGCAAUAUUGCGAAGGUUUGAAAGUUAGACAAAGUCUCAUUAACUUCAAGUUCGGGCCCGGGGGGGGCUUGAUUUUCAGGAUUAUGUGCACCAAGCAAGCGCCGGUGCUCGUCAGAUGUAUGGCCCUAUAUAUUGUCGCUGACCUAGACCAAGACACCUACAUGUGUGCAGGACCUUUGCAAGCUUCCCCUGCCGAACCCCGUAUUUAUUGA